ACCCUCUCUCUGUCGUCCCCUGUCGCCGACUUCUGCGGUUCUGUCUGCUCUUCCCCCUACAUCCAGUCUCUUCCUGUCGUUCCUUGUGCUUCCCAGUGACACCGCCAUGGAUCGCUCAGGGUUACUGUCGCACGCGUCGCCGUCGAGGCGUCCAACGGCUCUCGCCUACGUUCCCGUGGCGCUGACCUUGGGAUUGUUCACGAUCGUCUUUUGCGCGCGGCUCUUUUCCGAACCCGGCGGGGACGGCUCAGCUUUGAACGGUCACGAUGCGAGCAAUCUGAACGGCGGCGGUUUUCUUCCGAAGCUCUUCUCGCUCGUGUCGAAUGACAGCCUGGCGCUCCACCUCCGGGAGCUCACGGCCAAUCCGCACAUCGCGGGCACCCCUGAAAACUUUGAAACUGCCCGUUACGUCAAGGAGAGAUUCGAGUCGUACGGCCUCAAGGCGCACCACGCCGACUACCCCGUGUUGCUCUCCUACCCGCUUCGUCAAUCCCUCCGUCUCGUGCGCCCCGUCGCCCUCAACUUCUCGCUGCGCGAGCAGCCCGUCCACGGCGACCCGUAUAGCGCCUCACGCGCUGCCACCGACCCUUUUAACGCGUAUUCUGGAAGCGGGAGGGUCGGCGGAGGGCCUGAGUGGGCGAGGAGGAGUCCGGAGGAGAGAAAGAGAGAGGGGGUGGAGGGCGCGGAGGGCGCGAGAGGGAAGCCUGGGCGGGAAGCGGCGGAGGGGGGGGGGGAAGGAGCGGAGGGAGAGGCGGGAGGAGCAGAGGUGGUGUACGCGAAUUACGGGCGGAUGGAGGAUUUUGAAGAGCUGGUGGCGGCGAUUGGGAGGGAGAAGGUGACAGGCACAGUGGCGCUGAUCCGUUAUGGGAAGACCUUUAGAGGGGAUAAGGUUCGGAAUGCGGAGAAGUUCGGCGUGGCGGCGGUGCUGCUGUACUCGGACCCAGCGGACUAUGCACCAGAGGGCACGGACGCCUCUCACGUGUACCCCCAGGCGGAAUGGCUGCCAGCACUGGCGCGCAGCGAGGCACCGUGUACACAGGCAAGGGCGACCCUGCCACCCCCGGCUGGCCGUCCCACCCAGGAGGGGAGAGGCUGAGCGACGAGGAAAACAGCCAAGCGGCUACCGCGCAUCCCAGUGCUGCCGGUGUCGUACUCCGUUGCUGCUGGCAUUAUGGCGCACAU